CGACAGUGCCGCAUUCUCAGGGACCUAGGGCGACGGCGCGCAAAGAUGCAGAGGUCGGGACGUGGUAGACCCGAGCAUCCGUGGUGGUUUGUGGCGAUGCCACGGCUAAGAGCCGAACAUGGCGUUGUCGAGCAUGGCAGUGUCGAGUAG